AUGGACCGACGACUCUUGCUUCCGUCGAUCCGCACCACACGGUCAUUUUGGCCGAGUUUGUAUCCUCUCAACCAUCAUGAUCGGAUCGAUAUUACACGACUCACAAUAACAGCAGUUGUGACGAAUGAUGAAACAAACAACAUGGAAUACAGUCUCCAUUGUUUAAAUUUCUCUCCAUUACUUGUGCCAUCUAUCUCUCAGCAACUCCUCGGUCUCGACUUUUUUUUUCCCUUCCUUAUAUUAUAUAAUUUUCUUUCUAUCUAUCUAUCUAUCUAUCUAUCUAUCUAUCUAUCUAUCUAUCUAUCUAUCUAUCUAUCUAUACCUGCUUUGCUCUUUCUUGCUCGCCUCUUUCUGUGCCGAUUAUUUAUUCUUAUUUGUUCUUUCUUUCUUUCUUUCUUUUUUUCUUUAGUUUCUGACUCCUUCAUUCCGUUUGUUUUUUCUCCACUUUGCUCAAUCUUUCUUUCCCUUCCAUUCGUCUCAUCUUUCUUUCUCGCCUUAUUCUCUAUCUACUCUUUCUUUCUUCUUCUAUUUGCAUUUACCACAUUUUUAUUUAAUUCUAUUUCCCUUUUACGAAGAAUAUUCUGUUUUUGA